CCUCUCCCUCCUCCAGCUGGAUGUCGCGCGACGCGGACCUGCUAGCUUCCUACUGAACCGCUUUCUCCGCUAACAACGAGACCACUUUUUUCAUUGUUUUUUUUUUCUUUUUUCCCCUUCUCCUUUUUUAUUAUUUUAUCUUUUGUUUGGAUAGACAGCCGCUCCGCUCCACCACCAUGGCUUCCAACUUCAAUGACAUAGUCAAGCAGGGGUACGUGAGGAUACGGAGUAAGAAACUGGGGAUCUUCAGGAGGUGUUGGCUGGUGUUCAAGAAGGCCUCCAGCAAAGGACCUCGACGGCUAGAAAAGUACCCCGAUGAGAAGGCAGCCUACUUCAGGAGCUUCCACAAGAUCACCGAGCUCACCAACAUCAAGAACAUUACCCGGAUGCCACGGGAGACAAAGAAGCACGCUGUCGCCAUCGUCUUCUGCGACGACACAUCCAAGACAUUUGCCUGCGAAUCAGAGCUGGAUGCAGAGGAGUGGUGCAAGCUGCUGUGUGUGGAGUGCCUGGGCACCUGUCUGAACGACAUCAGCCUGGGAGAGCCGGACCUGUUAGCAGCAGGGGUGCAGCAGGAGCAGAACGAGCGCUUCAACGUGUGCCUCAUGCCCACCCCCAACCUGGACAUCUACGGGGAGUGCACCAUGCAGAUCACCCACGAGAACAUCUACCUGUGGGACAUUCACAACGCUCGCCUCAAACUCGUCAUGUGGCCUCUCAGCUCCCUGCGCCGAUACGGCCGAGACUCCACCUGGUUCACCUUCGAAUCUGGCAGGAUGUGUGACACAGGAGAGGGUUUGUUUACGUUCCAGACCCGUGAGGGGGAGAUGAUCUACCAGCGGGUCCACUCGGCCACGCUGGCCAUCGCCCAGCAGCAUGAGAGGAUGAUGGAGGAGAUUGAGAAGAGCUCCCAGUUCCACCCCAGAGAGACUUUAACCAAGUCCAUCUCCCUGCCACGCAGCGCCUACUGGCAACACAUCACACGUCAGACCAGUGUGGGGGACCUCUUUGGUUACCAAGGGAGUUCUGGAGAAGAGAGACUCACAGACAGAGAAACCGGACUGUCGAUGACUUUCAUCCCCCGAGCGCAGACGUUCCCCAGCUUCCUGUCUGAUGAACCUGAGCAGGAGAGCCACCACCAGGAAGAGGCGCCAUCGCCCUCUAGUGGCCGUGAAUCUAGUUGCAGUCUCAGACCGCUUCAAUGACAGAGAAUCUGCCUGAGCAACUGUGGACACUUAACUCCUCAUGUAGAUUUCAAAAACUGUACAGUGAAAUGUAAAAUAGUGUUUCUUUAGGAUAAUUAUGGAGGAUUUAGAGGAUGCUUGUUUUUGUGUGAUCUGCAACGGAGAAGAUUGCACCAAAAACUCUUUAAAUGUGACUUGAGUGUUUCAUGUUGUCAUUUCUCUGUUAAUUCCUGCAUGAGCUACUUUCCCUCUCUUUUUUACACAAAACACUUUGCAAGAAUUUGGAGGCACCAACUCUUCCCAAGUCGGUUUUCUUAAAAAAAUAAAAAAAUGUUCAGUUAUUUUGUUUCAAAGUUGAUGAAAUUAGGCUCAGUCCAACAAUCUGCUGCCUCAGCACCCAGCUCAAAAGAAACUCCACCAGUUUUGACACAUAAUCCUCCCACACUCACUGCACGCUGCUUUUCUCUCAAGAAUGAGAAAUCGAUCAAUGCCGAACACAGGAACAGCUUGACGUCGAUGGCAGUGAUGAAUCAGCUCAGCUCCCUAAUCAGUUACCCCCCCCCCCCCCCCCCCCCCCCCUAAAAAAUAAGCACAAGUCAUUCAGAAAUGCUCUUCAAGGAUACGGGGGCGGAUCAUUGAGUCAGAAAUGAUAAAAGUGCACUCCUCUCACUGCAUCUGCUUUAAACUGCUGGCAUUACCUUUUCAGCUCAAGUAAAUUGACUUUAAUGGCUUCCUGGCUCUUCAGAAGCCUCGGCUAUCAGAGGGAACUGAUAAGAUGUUUGUUAGCUAAAGGUGGGGAAAGGGUGACCCGAUGGGAUGGGUUUUGCUAAGUGGAUGAUAACCGUGAGGAAAAUAAACAGCCAUGUAAAUUUAAACCGAAUGGAUGAAGGAACAGUAAAACCUGUGAUGCUUUAGUUUAACAUGGUUUGGUGUCCACUUCAGGAUUGUCCUUAGGCCUCGGGAGAAUGUCUUCAGACCAAAUCAGGAAGAAAAGCCACCAGGAAAGGACAUUUUAACAAAUCAUACGUCUUUUCUUCGUACCUGCUGCCCUCUUGAUUUUAGUGAAAAAGCUUCAAGAAAGAGAAAGUACCAAAACAAAAGUAACACUAAAUAAGAUUCACGCUUCUUCCUCCUUCUGGUUGAAAGCAGAAUAAGUAGAACUGUAGCUAGAGCUAACAAUGAGCUAAUGCUAACAUGAGCCUACUAAUACUAAAAUAAACCACAAAGUAAAAAGAUCCACACUAUUGAACAAAAAAAAAAUUACUUACAAGUCCCAUUGCAGCAAAGCCAAGUCUGUGUUUUUUUUAGCCUCCUUCAGCUCUCUCCAACUAGCGUGGGCCGCACCGAUGUCCACUCUGGUUUUAGCUCUUUGCUUCACCUCCAGACAUUACUCUCUUACUUUUACUUCCAGGCUCUGCCAUGAUGCCAACACAAAAAUCUAAAUUCUUCUUCUCUUUAUUUUGACAGGAAGUGAACAAUUAAAGCUAACUGCUAUAUCAAUAAAGCUGCCUUAAAAUGAGCUACCAGCACCGUGAAAGACCGGCCUCCACAGGCGCCAACAGGAAGUUACUAAGUGCAGUCUGAGGGCAGCAGAGCUGUCCGGUUUCAAGUUCCUCAAGAAUCACUGAACUAGUUUGAAAGCAUUAGCUUAAUGUGUUACAAUAUUUUAGUGCAGCUUUAAUGCUUUCUCAUCUGGUGGCAUUUUUCCCCUUCAUACCAGAUGCUUUCAUGUAUGAUGUUUUCAUUUAUUUUUACUGAUACUUGUUUUUUGUCUGCAGGCUCUUUGGUCUUCAGAUUUAAAGGUAUAGCAAUCAAUGUUUUUCUUCCGGGUGGAUCACGUCAACCAUUGGUCCGCAAAAAAUGUCAAUUUUUGGUGAAGCCAAUCCUGGGUUAGUUUUUACUUCCUGUGCAUGCGUGGUCUGUGCACCCCCGCACUCUCAUGGAAAUCAGGAAGAGGCUAACGCGGUCCAGUCCGCUCCCCAAAGACGUCGCUGUUGCCGGUUUUCUGCUCGAGAGGUAAGCUAAUGUUCUGCAUGCUAUUUUUGGAGCCUCUUAUUACACAAUACGGCCGGCAGCUACUUGUAAACAGGCGCUGGGAGAGUGCAGCGCAACGUGGAGAGGGCGGUGCUUUCCUGAAAUUCAGAAACAUCGAUUGCUAUACCUUUAAGGUGUUUUUGAGACGCGAGAAUGUCCAAAAAUUAAAUUUACGUGUAGCUGGUGGUCAGACCACCAGUUGUGCAACAAUCUCACUAUUUUAGCUCUCGUUUAACUUUUUCAAAUUACCCUUUAUUUAUUUUUCUUUCAACAGUUUUUUAAAAGUUUAGACGACCAGUUGGGCUGGACUGGGGGCAAAGUGCUCAGUUAGGAAUCCAUCUUGAAUUUCUGCUCCACUGACAGUUCCAUGGAUUAAAAAACUCGUGUUCAUUUACUUACAUCUCAGAGCCGGGGCUUUGGGCAUUGACCCUGUUCAAACCUUAGGUUGGAUAAAGAACCAGGAACGGUGAAGGGAUUGUUGUCCUCCAGUAUUUAUUAAAUAUUGAUGCUGUCUUUGAUUCUGUAGUGCCUUAAAGCUGUUCUGUCAAUACAACUCAGUGUUUGGGCCCAUAGAUCUUUUUAUUUGAUAUCUUCUUAAAUGAUCUUUUCUUGGGGAGUGCAAACUAAAAAGCCAUAACAAUGUGACCACCAACAGUCUAAGGAGACUAAGUUAGACCCUGCUGAGUGAAAGUCUAUCUGCUCCGAUGUUGGCAACACCUCCCUUCAUCUAACAACCAGGACACUUCAAACCCUGCCUUGUUUGUUUGUUAUAUAUGUGGAAAACAAAGGCUAAAGACUGAUUUUCUACUUCUCCAUCUGUGUGGGUAAAGAGAUGCGCAACGCCAUGAUGCUAUGGUAGAUUUGUCAAGUCCUGAGUAGUCAGAGUAGCCUUUAGAUUAGCAUAUCGCUAAUGAAUGUCUGCGUCAGACAAUUUCUCCAAAUAUGUCGUCUAAAAAUAAUUUUUAUUAGAAGUUUUGUGACCUGGUGAUUACACCCCUCUUGUUUGUGCCAUGCUAGGCUAGGCUAGGCUAGGCGUUCCUCUGUUCUUGUUGUCCACAAGUCAGUAGGUUCAUGAAUCACCAUCUCUUUGCUUUUGUCACGAUAACAAAAGUGUUACUCAACAUGUAAAAGCAUGUAAUCUUUAUUUCUAAAAUGCAUCUGCUAGCACCAGCAGGAGCUACGGUUUCAGACGGCAUUAGCACUGUGGCUAAAAUAACUGCAGAAAACCAAUCAAUUGCAUUUAUUAUUAUAAUUUUUCUGUCAAGUUAUUGACUGAAAGUCACACAUAAAAACAGAGUAAUUUCCCUUCCGACAUGAAGUGCCUUUGGACGCCGACUGCAGUGACAUCCAACCAAAGCAGACUUGAGGUUCAGACAUGAAUCUACAUUCAAAACCUCCAUUUUUCAUGAGGCGAAACACUUUCAGCUCAGUAGUUGCGGUCUUUAAAUACGUUUAGUCAAAAAGGGUUUCCACUGACAAUCAACUCCAGGCAGCACAGCAGUCGUUUGUGAGUGGUAUUGCUUUUGUUUGUGUCUGGUCUACAAGGGAACUACAUCAUAUUUCCAAGUAGCUGGAACAGUACAAGCACAUUUAGACUUAAAAUGAUAUUUUGUUGUCGUUUGUGAAAAUAAAUGAAAAACGCAUCGGUAGCAUUGAGUUCCAGAUAGACUACCAGUAGAACAUUGGUAGCUUUCAUUCCACAGCCUCGGAUAUAUAACAAUUACAUCACUUUGGAAAAACACUUUUUUGGCUUAUCUGGCUACAUUUCUGCCCAAGUGUGGAGUAUGGGUAAUUAUAUGUAAAUGAGUCCCACUGCGCCGUUGGUCAUACAUACUGAAACAAGUAGAGAACGUUCUAGCUGAUUAUUCUCCAUUUUUCUUGCUCUCCACUUGUUCAUAGAGAAGUGGUGAUUUCUGUUGUUACGCGUUUCUUUUUGUCCACAAUGGGUUUUUUUAACAUGUAUGUUCAGAGCACUUUGAGUACAGGAGCGUAGGACUGCAGUUUCCAUCAAAUGUACAUAUGUAAUGUUUUGACGAGCAACAGUAAUAAACUGAAUGUUCAAACAG